AUGCUGCCUGCAACCUUCAAACUGUUUGCUGGCAUCUCAUAUCGGCAUACGAGGAACAUGACAGGUUUAAGGAAGAAUGCCAUUGAGGCCAUUCACCAUGAGCUGAACAGACUGGCAGGUCCGGGCCCCAGUAACUGGAUCAGCCAGGUCCGCCGACGAAGCUCCCUCCUUAGUUCUCGGAUUGAAGAAGAGGAGGGGUACAACGAGGAGGAGAUGUCUUACUUGAAGCAAGGUGAGGACGCACUGCAGAAGGCAAUCAGCAUCCUCAGCGAACAAGACGGCUGGACCAUUGAAAUUGUAGCCGCAAACGGAGACAAAGUCUUGAGUAAGGUGUUGCCUGACAUUGGGAAGGUGUUCAAGCUGGAGGUGAUGUUGGAGCAACACUCUGACAAUCUUUACGAGGAGCUGGUGGGAAACAUGGAGCAAAUGGGGGACUGGAACCCUAACGUCAAACAGGUUAAGAUCCUUCAAAAGAUCGGUCAGGACACAAUGGUUACCCAUGAGGUUUCUGCAGGGACACCCGGCAAUGUGGUGGGACCGAGGGACUUUGUCAGCGUCCGCUGUGCCAAGCGCCGCGGCUCCACCUGCUUCCUGGCAGGAAUGUCAACUCAGCACACGAAAAUGCCUGAGCAGAGGGGUGUGGUGAGGGCGGAGAAUGGCCCUACCUGUAUAGUCAUGAAGCCAUGUGCCGAAGACCCAAAUAAGACCAAGUUCACCUGGUUACUAAGCAUAGAUCUAAAGGGCUGGAUCCCAAAGACGAUCAUAAACAAAGUGCUCUCUCAGACUCAGGUGGACUUUGCCAACCACCUCCGGCAAAGGAUGGCCAAUAAUGUUUCUAUGGAGAUGGCUCAUGCCUGCUGA